CUGGUGGGCUUGCUCCGUCCUCAUUGUGAGGCUGUCUGCAGGCGGCGCACCAGACUCCAUAGGCUCCGACCGCACGGCGGAGAAGGCGGCGUGGAAAAUGGCGGACGGUGUCGACCACAUCGAUAUCUACGCCGACGUAGAGGAGGAAUUCACACAGGAAACGGACUACCCCGUCCACGAGCAGAUCGACCUGUACGAUGAUGUCAUCUCCCCGUCGGCCAAUAACGGCGACGCGCCAGAAGACCGCGACUACCUGGACGCCCUGCCGGCCCCAGGAGGGGCGGAGGGUGGGAAGAGUGCCCCCCCCAACGUGGUCUACACCUACACGGGCAAGAGGAUCGCCUUGUACAUCGGAAACCUCACAUGGUGGACAACAGAUGAGGACCUAACAGAAGCCAUCCGGUCGAUAGGCAUCACAGACGUCCUGGAAAUCAAGUUCUUUGAGAACCGCGCCAAUGGCCAGUCUAAAGGGUUCGCCCUGGUGUGUGUGGGCUCAGAGGGCUCGUCCAGGAAGCUGAUGGAGCUGCUGUCCAAGAGGGAGCUGCACGGGCAGAACCCCAUCGUCACGCCCUGUAACAAACAGUCCCUCAGCCAGUUCGAGAUGCAGUCCAGGAAAAGCCCCCCAGGAACGCAGUCGGGGCAGAUGUCCGGGGAGGGCAAGGCCGGCCCCCCCGGUAUUGGCCCUCGCGGCGGCGGCGGCGGCGGUGGCGGCGGCGGCGGUGGCGGCGGCGGCUUCCCCAUGGGGGGCCGGGGGGGGCGCGGCCGGUUCCCCGGCCCCCCCGGCGGAGACCGCUUCCCGGGGCCCCUCGGCCCCGGGGGCCCGCCCCCACACUUCCCUGGCCAGGGGAUGAGACCAGAUGGCCCUCUGAUGGACAUGAAUUUCAAUCCCUUCGCGCCCGGUGGCAGGGACGGGAACUGGAGACCCAGAGGCGGGAUGCAGGGUCCCCCCCGGCCCCCCCUCGGGCCCCCCGGUCCGCCCGGCCCCCCCGGACCCCCCCCUCCAGGACAGGGCCUGCCCCCCCCCCUCUCGGGACCCCCCAACCGCAACGACCGGCCGCCGCCGCCGGUGCUCUUCCCCGGGCAGGUCUUCCAGCCCCCCAUGGGACCCAUGCCCCCCGGCCCCCCUCCCCCGGGGUACGGGCCCCCGCCCGGCCCCCCGCCCCCCCAGCAGGGGCCCCCCCCUCCGGGCCCCUUCCCCCCCCGCCCCCCGGGGCCCCUCGGACCCCCCAUGGCCCUGGCCCCGCCCCCGCACAUGCCGGGGCCCCCGCCGGGCGGGCCCCCGCCGGCGCCUCACGUCAACCCCGCCUUCUUCCCCCCGCCCGGGAACAACAACAUGCCCCCCAACGACAACCGACGGCCCCCCGGGCCCAACGACCCCUACGGGCCCCACGGGCCCCCGCCGCCCUACGAGCGGGACUACGGCGGCCCCGGUGGAAGGGAGAUGGAGGUGUCUCGGACCCCGCUGAGCGAGGCGGAGUUCGAGGAGAUCAUGAACAGGAACAGAGCAAUCUCCUCCAGCGCCAUCUCAAGAGCCGUGUCCGACGCCAGCGCAGCGGACUAUGGCAGCGCCAUAGAGACCUUGGUGACGGCCAUCAGCCUCAUAAAGCAGUCUAAAGUGUCUGCAGACGACCGCUGUAAAGUCCUCAUCAGCUCACUGCAGGACUGCCUCCACGGCAUUGAGUCCAAGAGCUACGGCUCUGCCAGUGCCCACGCACCUUUUUCUUUUGACAAUGCCAGACGUGAGCGCUCCCGGGAACGCGACCACAGCCGCUCUCGGGAGAAGAGCCGGCGGCACAAGUCCCGGAGUCGGGACCGCCACGAGGACUACUACCGCGAGCGCAGCCGCGAGCGCGACCGCCACCGCGAGCGCGACCGCGACCGCGACCGCGAGAGGGAGCGCGAACGCGAGUACCGGCACCGCUGAGGAGCCUCGCCGGGCGGGAGAGCUUGCAAGGAUCAGGGAUGGAAGGAUUGGGACAAGAGGAAGGAUUAGCACCACGGCACCACAUCAGCCCCCUGCUCAGCAUGGCUGAACUGGAGCACAACCCCACCGCCUCCUCAGUCUCUCCUGCAUGCAUCUCUGUGUGUCUGUCCAUCUGGUCGCCUUGCUCAGAACGGUGGUUGGAAAGCCCCCCCCCCCCCCCCCCCAUCCCCCCCCUCCUCGUGUGUAAGGCUAUAUUAUCUUAAGAUCUAUACUCAUGGCUACUUAAGUUAAAGUAAAAAAGAAAAAACUUUCCACAAAGCCCUUUUAUUUUUUAUGAUGUUUUAUUUGAAAUCUAAAAGAUAAGUACCUGUGUGAUUCUUUUUUUUUUCUUUCUUGUUUUUUUGUGCAAAGUACCGAAAACAUUGACGAGCCUGCACGAUGCGUUAAAGUAAAGAUGAGCUUGUCAUGCUUGGUUUUCUUUUCCCGCUCUUUGUCUUGCUGACCUGUGUACAUUCGUCGGUUUCUGAAUUGUUUUUAUAGGGUACCAGGUUUUUUUUGGAUCUCUUCUUUCCUCAUUCCCGUCGAUUACUUUCAUGGUUAGGAUGAUGUUUGUAAAUGUCUCUGCUUUUGAUGAUUAAAACUAGAUUGUGUUGUAAUAAAACUGUUUACUGUG